AGAGAGAUUAAAAUUAAAAAAACACAAAAUACAAUCAAACCAGACAGAAGAUUUUUAACCUCCAGAGGGAAAAUGGAAACGAUGAAGGAGGUAAUAAAACAGAAAACCCAUUUUUCACAUCCCAGUCGGUAAAUAAUCUCACCAUCAGCAACACGAUGAAACUAAAUCCCUGAUUUAUUAUCAAUCUGAUCGACGAAGCGACAAAUUAAUGUUUGAAUCAGUUGAUUUAUUGAUCCCUGCGACAGACUGGCGACCUGUCCAGGUGACCCCGCCUCUCGCCCGGAUCGUUAGCUGGAGGCAGCGGCGGUGUUAGAAAUGGAUGGAUGAUUUAUUGAUCUAUUGAUUAUUGCCACGGGUCAAUCUGAAAAACUGAAACAAUGUGACAAAGGAAAACAGGAGGAAGCCAGUUUUCUGUUCACACCGUGGGGACUUGGUGUGUAACACACAAGGGGAGUGUGUGUGUGUGUGUGUGUGUGUGUGUGCGUGUGUGUGCGUGUGUGUGUGGUCUGUAGUAGUAAAAGCAGAGCUGCAGUGGAUCCUCUCCCCGAGACGCCUUGCUUGUAGUGAGGAGAAGAGCCGCAGCCCCUCGCCACUCCUUCGCCUCCUGCAAUUGGAAGAAGGAGGCCGCCUCCUCCCUCCCCCCGCCUCAUCGGCAUGCAGGCGGCGCAGUGUGUGUAUGAGGAGAGAGGCGAGCGAGAGACGUAGCAGUCAGUGCGAUGGGCUAGAGGAGAGCGAGGAGGCGGAGGAGCAGAGUGAACCCUGGAUCUGCCUUGCCUUCGCCUGUCGUCUGCCUGAAGCUGGGUUCGCCACCGCGUCGCGCCGCACCGACACCGAGCAGACCCUCGGACCUUUCUGAGAUUGCUCCACCAGCCGGGAAAAACCAGACGCCACCAGGCUUCCUCCUCCAUCAUCAUCCUCAUCAUCAGCAGCAGCAGCAGCGGAGCGGCCUGACGCCACAGUUCAGGCACCAGCUGCUAACCAAACCGCGUCUCCUUCCUCCGCCUCGCCGCGCCGCUCCCUAUGCCCUUGUCCUCGGCGGCUCCUCUCACCUCCCUGGCCAGUAUAUGGAUAGAAGCUCCCUGUUUCAGCUCAUACAAGAGCAGUUGGACCCAGAGAACACCGGUUUCAUCCCAGUGGAGAACUUCACCAGCUUGGUGGAGCACCAUGAGCUGCAGCUGGACCCGUCCAAGCUGGACAUGCUGUUAGCGCUCGUCCAGAGCAACGAGGAGGGCCAGGUGUGCUACCAGGAGCUCAUCGAGCUGAUGAGCAGCAAGCGCUCCAGCAGUUUCCGGCGCGCCAUCGCUAACGGCCGCCGCACCCUGCAGAGGGAGAUCCUGCUGGACGAGACGGGCCUGGGACUCUACAAACGCUUCGUCCGCUAUGUGGCCUACGAGAUCCUGCCGUGUGAGACGGACCGGCGCUGGUACUUCCACCAGAACCGCCUCUGUCCUCCGCCCGUCUUCAUCGCCGUCGUCACCAUCGUCCAGAUAAUCGUGUUCAUGUGCUACGGCAUCAUGCUCAAUAAGUGGGUUCUGCAGACGUACCAGCUGGACUUCAUGAAGAGUCCGCUGGUCUACCAUCCCGGCCACCGCGCACAAGUCUGGCGCUUCUUCAGCUACAUGUUCAUGCAUGUUGGUUUGGAGCAGCUGGGAUUUAACGCUCUGCUGCAGCUGAUGAUCGGCGUUCCCUUGGAGAUGGUUCACGGCAUCUUACGGAUAAGUUUGCUCUACAUGGCGGGAGUUCUGGCCGGCUCGCUGACGGUGUCCAUCACAGACAUGCGUGCUCCGGUGGUCGGGGGAUCCGGAGGCGUCUACGCUCUCUGCUCCGCGCAUCUGGCCAACGUCGUCAUGAACUGGGCCGGGAUGCGCUGUCCGUACAAACUGCUCCGCAUGAUCCUGGCGCUGGUCUGCAUGAGCUCGGAGGUGGGCCGCGCCGUGUGGCUGCGCUUCUCGCCGCCGGUGCCGUCGUCGGGGCCGCAGCCCAGCUUCAUGGCCCACCUGUCGGGCGCGGUGGUGGGCAUCAGCAUGGGGCUGCUCAUCCUGCGCAGCUACGAGGAGAGCCUGCAGAAGCAGUGCUCCUGGUGGGUCAUCGUCUUCUCCUUCAUCACCUUCCUCCUCUUCGCCAUCUUCUGGAACAUCUUCGCCUACGAGCUGCUGGGCGUUCAGAUCCCGCCGCCGCCGCCGUGAUGGCGGCUCCGUUUGCGCCCGAUUCCACCAAACUAAAAACAAUCCACCCAGAAUAAUCGGUAACUCUUCAACCGCAGGGCGAGCAGGAGACAAAAGACCCGACAUGGAGGAGUCUCUGUUUGUCCUUCAGCAAAUUAUGACACUUUUAAAGUUGCACCAAGUUUAUUUAAAGCAGUGGUCCCCAAACUACGGCCCGCGGGCCAGAUCC